AUGCGUCUGCCGGGGCGGGGCGAGGGGGCGGAGUCGAAGAACCCCGUUUUCUCUUCGCCUCGUCCGCUGUUUGGUGGCGCCGCCGCUUCCUGUCCGGUGGCGUUUGCUUCCGGGGCAGGGUCGUCCCUUGAGGAACAUCUGUGGGGGGAGGGCGAGGAAAGGCAGGCCCGAACGGAGGGGGACUGGUGAGUAUUGGGGCGGGAGGCUGGGGAGAUAUUAUGGGAUGGGGCGCCUGGAGGGGGUUUUAAUUGGGGGGGGGCUAAGGGAACUUGACGCGCACAGAAGCUUCGGAGCAGGAAAUGAGGGGGGGCUCCCUCUGUCGCUUCACAUUCACCCCCCCCCCAUAAUCUGGAUAGGUGUUGUCAUUGCUUACGUAUAUCUGUUUAUUCGUUGAAAUACUUAUAAAACUAGGAAGCGUGUAGGGUUGCCACCUUUGUUCUGGCAAAAUACAGGACAGGGCGGGGCGGCCCCCCCCAUCUGUUACUGAAGUGACUUCAGUCUGUUGCAGCCUCACAGGAUGCCCCUCUGGACUUCGUCAGGCAGGCACGCGCACACAUGAAAUUGUAAAUCUGUCUGUGCUUGGCUACCCAGAGCUUAAAUAAAUACAUGACCUUUCCCACAACCUUUCCAACACGUGCACUUGGAGAGAGAGAAGACCUGAAGUACAGGGCAAAACUGUAACAAUACAGGAUGUAGCAUUUUCCAUUGGAAUACCUGACAAUCCUGUAUUAUAUAGUACAGGCGGCAAGCCUAGCAUGCAGAUGUGAGCUUUUGAACAGGAAUCGAGGAGGGCAGCAAGAAGCCCUCCCCAUGUUCUAACCAAGAGCACUGAGAAAAUAAGUAGUAGAUUGUCAGACUAGGACCUGGGACACCAGAGUUCAAAUCCCCUCUCAGUCAUGAAGCUCACUGGGUGACCUUGGGGGACAGUCACACACACUCAACCUCACCUCACCAGGUUUUUUUAGGGGGGCGCUAUGUAAGCUACCUUGAGUUCCUUGGAGGAAAGGUGGGAUAAAAUUGUAACAACCUCCACUAAUAAUUAUGGUUUGUAUAUUGGCUUGAAUAGUUUUCACUGAAGUCCUAAGUGCAUUUUAUUUACUUAUUUAUUUAAUUUCUAUACUGCCCUUCAGCUGAGGAUCAUAGAGCAGUUUACAAUAUAAAAACACAAAAAAUAUGUAGCAUAGGUAAAGGGACAAAAACAAAAUACCCAUCCACAGUUUGAAAAGCCAUAGAUUAUACUCUUAUGUGUUCACAUAGCCUGAUCCUGUGCAAGCUUGCUUACCUGGAAGUAAGACCUGCUGAGCUGAAUAGGGCCUGCUAUUAAGCUUGUGUAAAAUUAGCUCCUUGGGAGUUUAAGUGUGAACAUGGGGCAGGACAGGGGUUGUAUGCAAUUCUGCUGCAUAAACAAAGGAAUGGGAUUUUGAGAUCUUAAAGAUGAGAAAUGGGGGGGACGGGACCCUGCAGGUUAAGAAGGAAGGAACGAAAACCUGGCUUUUGAUGGAAAUAAUGUAGAAAUAAAGGUAAAAUUGAGAUCUCAUGACUAUGCAGUGAACUAGGUUUAGCAAUGGUAGGAAUUGUGGGAUUAGUGAUGUGUAUUUUUCAGCAUAGUUAAUUGCCUUUUGAGCUUGUCCAGUGUCACAAGAAAGGAUAUAUGUUGUUCAGUUAUUGAGCCAAAGUGACUUGUUCUGCAUAUCUUGGCUUCUUAGGAUGAGUUUCAAUAUGAGUUUUGAAAUUCUGCAAUAUUAAGAAUGGCAUUUUAUGUAAUCUUGUACAAAAACUCAAGCUAUAAUAAUUUAUCAGUGUUAAAUGUGACUGAACUUGAUAACCUUGUCUGUGAUAGCCUAUGCAGUUAGCUCAGCUCAGAGUGUCAAAAUCCUAUGGCUUAUUAGGAAUAACCACCAAUGCUAUUGUGACCUUUUCGUGAAGAAUUAAAUGUGUUCCUCAAAGGAAAACAAUUCGCACAUCAUAUAUUCAAAGUACAUGAAUAACUUGCUAUUCCACUGCUAUAGCUUUGUGUUUUUUGUUCCUGGAGGCUGUUAAGUGAGUGUUUUAUUAAGCAACAAGUUGUUGGGUUAUGUUGUAAGGCACACAGCCAAAACACUAUCUGUCAACUGCAAGCAACAUUGAUUGUGAUGUGCUGGGUGGAGUUGAGCAAUUACGAAAUUUUCAGCUUGGCUUCCUAGUUGGCAGCUUUAACUGUUCUCCUAAGGAUGCAUACGGUGGAAGACAGGAGUGCCUGGUGUGCUCUGGUCCAUGGGGUUACAAAGAGCCAGACACGACUAAACAACCAAAGGGUGCAUAACUUGCUAGAAUUUUUUUCCUUCAAGGUUUGCAAAGCCAGGCAAUGGACUUUAUUGGGGAUUCUCCUUGGGAAGUGGGUUGUCUUUUUUUUGCCUAGCCUACUGGUCAAGCCAACCUACCUUCCUCAGACUUAUCCUGGCAACCCCUGCCCCCAAGGAGUGUGUCAGCUUCAUUGCCGUUGCCGGUGCUUGAAGCUGCCCAAGCGCCUUAUCAUAACAGUAUCCAAGGUAAUUCCUCUGGAAAGGCUGGUGGGGAGGUAGGAGGCUGCUUGGCUGCUCGGAGACACUCAAAUCACUCUGUGGCAGCAGAAUCCAAAUCUCUGGCAAUAAUUUGUGUGUGCAUGUGGGGUGGGUUGGCUGACUUUGCCCAGGUGACCAAGGCUCUCUAGGUGCCAUGGGAGGUGGUGGGAUGUUAAUCCUUCACACUUGCAGGGAAGUCUGGUCUUUUGUAAAAGGAUGACACUGUACUGACCACAGCAGGAAGAACUGUUGAAGCUGCUCUUUCUACUGAAAGCAUUUGGGAUGUUGCCAGUGUAACGUGGGAGGUAUACAUUGCCAAAUCAUAAUUAUGUAAACCAGACUUUACUAAAUACCUCCAUACUUCAGGACUGGUAUUACUUAGUGACUUUCUUCCUUCAUACGUAGUAUGUCCUGGAUAGUGGAGCUUACCAUGAAAAGCGGAGAAAGUUUCAAAAAGUUGCAUAAAGCCACUCUUAGGGAACUUUCACAUAAAAUACCGUAUUUUUUGCUCUAUAAGACUCACUUUUCCCCUCCUAAAAAGUAACGGGAAAUGUGUGUGCGUCUUAUGGAGCGAAUGCAGGCUGCGCAACUAUCCCAGAAGCCAGAACAGCAAGAGGGAUUGCUGCUUUCACUGCGCAGCGAUCCCUCUUGCUGUUCUGGCUUCUGAGAUUCAGAAUUUUUUCCUUGUUUUCCUCCUCCAAAAACUAGGUGCAUCUUGUGGUCUGGUGCGUCUUAUAGAGCGAAAAAUAUGGUAUGUAGUAGGUUAUGGGAUUGUUCAGACAAACCCAUGCCUCUUUGCCUCCGCCCUCAGAUUUGUGUCCUCGUAUUCCUGUUUCUCAUUUAUGUUACUCAUCUGCUUAUAGCUGUGAUUCUUAGGAAGAUAGAUCAGCUCAUGAGUACUGGAAUUUCAAUUGCUGAGCAAACACUUUCAAAAUACUUUGCAGUUCUUGCCUAAGAUCUAACACGAAGCAGGAAUUCUGGAUCACGUAG